AGCUCCGGUGCGUGUGAGUUAGCGAGCUAUGAUACGAGUGCCUUCACUCAGUUGUGACAAAUAUCCACACACAUACACGACACGGCUGUCCUUAUCUGGUCGUCAUGUCAGCCACGUCCAUCCAUCGUCACAUUAUCCGUCACUUGACCUUAUCUCUACAUGGCAACAGGUCGGCCGUCUCGCCACUCGCCUGCUGCAGCUCGCCCGACAAGAAGCCAAACAAAUCAUUGCCUGAACACACACACAGCCACGCAAACGCACGCACAUCCAUCCGCUUCUCUGUCGGUCGGUCGGUCGGUUGGUCGGUGCAUCCCAUCCCAUCCCAUCCCUCCCGCACUCACCGUGCCUCGUGGAUUUCCACCGCGGCUCUGAUGCAAACUCAAAGUAAUGCGCCCCGCUGGAUGUGGGACACAGACACACGAGUGCCGCCGUGUCUGUCUGUCUGUCUGCCUGCCUCUGUGCGUGUGCCAUCCUUGCCACAUACCUGAUUGGCGAGGAGUACCAGAUCUGCCUGGUGACGAAGUGCUUGUUGAUGACGAAAGUGCCGUGCUCGCCAAGGUCGAUGUUCAACACGCCCUCCUACAGGCAACAGGCAACAGAGCGAUGCACAUGUGCGUGCGUAUGGGUCCUCUGUGUGUCCAUCUGCCUCUCUCCGCUGGCCGCCCCGGCCCACCUGCAAGUCGAGCUCCUCCACUGAGUCGAGCUGGGCAGCCUCUAUCUUGUCAUGGAUGCACUGAACAAAUAUCGCACACACACACACACACACACUCAUGCAUCAUGCACAUUUAUGCACACGUGUAUGGCAACAGUUGCGCCCCAUGUGCACCACCUGCAGCGCUUUGUCAGCAUAUUUGUGGUAGAAAAACUCCUCAGACCCGCCCUCCUCAGCCGCAUCGUCAGCAGCACUGGCAAAAGCACGCGAGCCAAGCCUCUGCCGUGGGCGCCUUGAGUCCUCUGGGAGCCGCAGAUGCUGCCGAUGGGCCAAGCCGGUGAUGCUGAUGGAUUCCUUGGCUGCCCCGAGAAAGGGAAGUUUCCUCAUGCAGAUCUCGCACCUUCGCAGCAUGGGAUCUCAAGAUCUUCACCGCUGUGUGCCGGAGGCGGAACGAGCAGAUCCUUC